CGCACACUGGCACUCACACGGUGUCGUUGAGCUGACAGUGCCGGAGAUUUAUUACUUGAGGAGUUUGAACAUUUUUUUGCUGCUUUUUUGGUCCAAAUUGAUACACCUUUAAAAGACAAAGUCAAUCAAAAAUCCAAACAAACACAAAAACAUGAGCGUGCGUUGAUUUUACUUUCGAAAUAAAAUAAAUGCCAGGAAAUUAUCCGUAACAAUGACUUUCAAAAUUUCAAUCGUAUGAAACGCACGCCACGAAGACUAUCUUUUGCAGCUCCUUCUCUAGAUUUUUGUUGUAACUGACAAGUGACUAAGCCUACUAACUAUUUCGAACUGGCUUAAGUCGUUGGAAAAUUGAAAUUUUCAGGCGGGAAAUGGGAAUUAUUAUGGUUGGAAGUGGCUGAUUCAUUUGCAAAUCUCUUUAGCUUUCUAGCUGCAUAAAGCAAGAUGAAAGCUUGUUUAAUUUGGUUGUGUUGCAUCAUUGUUCUGCUAUCGGCUUGUCUCGUUCACAGCUCAAACCUCACGAGAAUAAAUCGAUUCAAACGCACUCUGCUGUCUAUAUAUCGUAUAAGAUGCACCAAAGAUCUUGUUUGGACGCCUCACAAUCGCUGUCGCCAGUGGCAUAAUGAAGAGAGAACAAAGAUCCCAAGUAUUCCCGCAGCUGUUCACACAACAAUUCUGUUGCUGAUCACGAGGAACUAAAGAUUCUCAGCUAUAUAUGUGGACAUCAGGACACACAAACACUCACUCAUCUGUCAACAUCAGUAUGGAAGUCUACAAGCUGUCCUUUCUCAUCGCUUUGCUGGGGGGAGUUAUCCAACUGACUUUCGCCCAGACCAGGGACUGCUCCGGCACUUGUAUUUCCAAUGUACGAUGCUCGCCCUACUUCAAGGAUCUUGUCUGGACAGUUGUGAAUGGUGCAUGUCGUGUCUAUCAAAAUGGCUGUAUCUUUGGAAACGAGAACUGCUCGAGGGCCAAUCAAUGCUUGCCACCUUUGGUUGCCACCUCUCAGGCGAAGUGUAAGAGGUUUUGCCAGAGACGAUGCCCCCGUGCGGGUGUACAAGUUUGCGGAUGGUUCCCCUAUAGCGACAGCGCCGGUCGAUACAAGUCCUACCCCAAUCGUUGUCUGUUGGAUCAAUAUGCCUGCCAAAAUUCUCAGGCCUAUGUAGGUGAACCAACACUGGGACCCUGCCCCCUCAACAUCAUAGCCAUUUGAUCGAGAAAUCAAGUUAAGGUUCACAAAUUAUUUAGAUAGAAUUCCAAUUCAUUCGUGGUCGCAAGUCAGUUCAAUAAGGUUCAAGUUUCUAUAAAUAUUUGAACAAUUCUUUCCGAUAAUUACAUACAUAUAUAUUUCCUAAAUAUUAAUUCAUUUCACUUAAAUAGAGAGCAUAAUAAACAAAACAAGUAUUCGCAGCUGUUUACACAGAAUUUCUGUGAGGUUCAUUAUACAUGGGUCUGAAGAUUAUUUUUAUAUAUUAUGGUAUUCACCGAAGAAGUCUCAGUUCUCUGCUAUCAUCAUAAUUAGUAGCAUGGGUAUCUGCAGGCUGUCGUUUCUCCUCGUCCUGCUUGGUGGAUUACAACAUCUGAGUGACGCCCAAACCAGGGGCUGUGCCAGGACUUGUAAUGUGUUUUUUCGAUGCUCGCCCUACUACAAAGAGCUGGUGUGGGCGGUUGUGGAUGGCGUUUGCCGCGUCUACCAGAACGGUUGUAUCUUUGGAAACGAAAACUGCACUAGGGUCAAUCAAUGCCUCACACCAAUGAAUGCCACCUCACCGGAAAAGUGUAAGGAGUAUUGCCCCAGGCGUUGUCCAAGUGAUGGUCAAGAAGUUUGCGGCUGGUUCCCGUACAUCAAUAACAUGGGGGUAAACAGUGAUCGUUACAUUAGCUUCCCCAAUCGCUGUCUGCUGGAUCAAUAUUCCUGCCAGAAUGAUAUCGCCUAUGCAUAUGAUCCAACCCUUGGACCCUGUCCCUAAUCGAAUGUGCCUCUCAAAAGAAUAAGAAGAAAAAUAAACUGCAAUAAUAUUUUUGCUAUGUAUUUUCCUAA